UGGGAAAACCAUUAUAAACUUGGCCUUUAGGAGAACUGAUCUCUUCAUGAAAUACUGAACAACUGUCACUGAAGAAACGAAAAUGGGCAAUCGUCAUAGCCAAUCUUACUCCCUGCCAGAAGGCAGUCAACACUUGCCCAAAGGGCAGGCCUUACCCUCGGCAGACCUGCAGCCUCUCAGCCACCCAUCAGGGAGUGGAGAGCCAGAGUCCCACCAGCCUGCCAAAGAGAAAAGUCAUCAAGGCUUGGAUGCUGGUCGAGAUACCAAAGCAAAAAGUCAUCAGCGUUUUGAUGCCGAUCGAGAUGCCAAAAAGCUGAACAAAGCCUGCAAAGGAAUGGGAACUGAUGAAGCUGCCAUCAUCGAAAUCUUAUCAAGCAGGACAUCGCAUGAGAGGCAACAAAUAAAACAAAAGUACAAGACAACGUACGGCAAGGACCUGGAAGAGGUGCUCAAGAGUGAGCUGAGUGGAAACUUUGAGAAGACAGCCUUGGCCCUUCUGGAUCGCCCUGAGGAGUAUGCCGCCCGGCAGCUGCAGAAGGCCAUGAAGGGCCUGGGCACAAAGGAGGCAGUACUCAUCGAGGUCCUGUGCACGAGAACCAAUAAGGAAAUCAUUGCCAUUAGAGAGGCCUACCAAAGGUUGUUUGGCAAGAGCCUUGAAUCAGAUGUCACAGGUGAUACAAGUGGAAGCCUAAAAAGAAUUCUGGUCUCCCUGCUACAGGCUAAUCGUGAUGAAGGAGAUAAUGUGGACAAAGAUCUAGCUGGGCAGGAUGCCAAAGAGCUGUAUGAUGCAGGGGAAGGCCGCUGGGGCACGGACGAGCUUGCCUUCAAUGAACUCCUGGCCAAGAGAAGCCACAAGCAGUUACGAGCCACCUUUCAAGCCUACCAAACUCUCAUCGGCAAAGACAUCGAAGAGGCCAUCGAGGCAGAAACAUCAGGAGACCUGCAGAAGGCCUACUUAACGCUCGUGAGGAGCGCCCGGGAUCUCCAGGGCUACUUUGCUGACCGUCUGUACAAGUCCAUGAAGGGGGCGGGCACCGACGAGGAGACUCUCAUUGACAUCAUUGUGACCCGGGCUGAGGUGGACCUUCAGGGGAUAAAAGCCAGAUUCCAAGAGAAGUAUCAGAAGUCUCUCUCUGACAUGGUUCGCUCAGACACCUCUGGGGACUUCCAGAAGCUUCUGGUCGCCCUCUUGCGCUGAACCAACCCAGCGCAGCAGGAGCAGAGGAAGGAACCUUUUUUGAAAACCUCUCCCAAACCAGAUUUGCAAAUACAACUCCAGCAUGAAACACCCUCAAGGGUCCUGGUUUAUUUCCUUGGCAGCUUGAGCCAAGUGGCCAGGCCAAGCUGCUUAAGUUAAGGGCAGCAACCUCGAGAUACUUGAAUUGAUCACCCUGAAGGCUGGCUUAGUGAGUACCUGGGCAGCCUCAUAAUUUUCCUUGAGGGUAAUAACUGAAUGCUUUCUAAGCACAAAUAAAGUCUGCAGUUGAUGAAAAAACUAUGCAUUCAUAAUAAAACCUUUAGAAGAAUAUGUCAUACAGGGGUAUGGAUGUUUUGGGUAAAGAGAGACUAGGUGAAGUACAAGAAAGACAAAAUUAAGCAAUUCAUUCAUUUUCCCUCUGUGUACUCAAAUCUUCAGUUUCAAAUCCUCAAUGUUAAUUAAAGAUGUGGAUUAUGCCUUCA